AUGUCAUUGGAAACACCAUUAGAUUUAUUAAAGCUCAAUUUGGAUGAGAAAGUGUAUGUGAAGCUGCGUGGGGCUAGGGAGUUGGUGGGUAUUCUUCAGGCGUUUGAUUCCCAUUGUAAUAUUGUUCUUAGUGAUGCAGUGGAGACUAUUUAUGAGUUAGUAGAUGGAGAGUUGAAAUCUAAUGAAAAGACCUCAGAGAUGUUGUUUGUAAGAGGUGAUACUGUAACUUUAAUUACUACACCAACAGAUGACGAAUGA